AAUCAAGAUGUCAAUCAUGAUUUAUUUACAAGAAUAUAUAUCAUAUUUUUUAUAAUAUUUACCUUUUACAUUUUACCAUUUUUUUAAAUUGAAAAUGUUUGCUAAUAUUUUACUUCGAUUUUAUUUGGUGAACGUUUUUUUAUACACACUGUUUAUUGACAGCGAAUGCUCUCUUCUCUCGAGAGUCAAAAAUCCUGUGGAACAUUAUCCUGAUACGACUCCAAUCUCUGAGCUGCCUAAAAAUAUUUACAGAUAUGAACCGUAUCGAGGCCACAAAACUCUAUGGGUACCCACACAUACAAGUGAGUGGAGUACACAGACAGACGACCGAGUACCUACGAGAACACAUCCUCCGACGCAGAAACAACAAAAUUACAAAGAGACGCCGCGCCCAGGUAUCAAGACAACAACAAAAAGACAUUUUUGGCAUAAUUUUGAUAAUGCAGCCGAAGAAUGGCCGAAAGUGAUUUUGGUUACAUCAAGCACGACGAGAUUAACAACUUCAAAGGCAAGAAAAAAAACAUUUCCAACUUACUUCCCUCAGAUACAUUUAUUACCGAUAGAUCAAACUGAGACCGAUAUUAUCGACGCUGGUAAUGCCGAAGACCAAAAAUAUGUCGAUGGAAGUGAGAAGAAUGUUACGAAUGUCAAUGAAAAAAUUACAAGUACGCCAGUUGAGCCAGAGAUUGAGCAAGUAACAGAAGAUUAUGAUGAAUUAUUUUCAGCUACACAGCCUGAGAAUACUUCAAUUCUCAUUCAUCUUCGUAAAGGCAAAGGUAAAAGCAAAGGCAAGCAAGGAGCAACAACCACUACGACCACUACUGAAAUUAAUAAGGGUAAGACCGUUAAGGAGACGACGACAAUUAAAGUAACAACAUCAAAAACUCGGACAACUCCUAAAGUAGCAGAAAAAAAAUUAGCUGAAGCUGUUGUUAGGAAAUGCUACCAGUGCGGCUUGAACCUCACCGAUAUACCAGUACCACCAACUUGUCACCAAAUUUUUGACAAUACUAAACGCCAGUAUCAAUAUUUAAAGCACCGCUACAAAGUUUUGUGUAAAGGAGAGGUGUGGACUAAAGGCAGUAAAACGAAACGAGCGCCUGAGUUUAAUGUUAAGCCAAGGAAGCUUUACAAAGAUGGUUGUUUCAAGCGAUUUCUUGACAUCGGCGAAACUUAUGACGAAAGGGGUUGCCGAACAAUGCCGCCGCAAUUGGGGAAGAGUUUCGCAUCCGAUAGAUUCAUGAGUCUUGAGAAAGCUGCGCAUUCGAUGUCCGAGGGUUGUGUCACCAGCCCGCAUGCCUCCUUGACACCCUUCAGCCGGGGUAUCUCCUUGUAUGCCCGAUAUCACGUCUGUGUGUGCAUGAGUGACUACUGCAACAACGCACACUACAGCAAAACAUCUCUUUAUUUACUUAUUUUAAAUAUAUUUACAAACAUAUGUUUUAAUACAUGAAGUGUGUCAUUAUGUAUCUAUGAGUCAACAGUAUUUUUAAUGUACUGGCGUCUAUGUACAUAUUAUGCAACAUCAGAAAUUUACAGAAUCAUACCAUUAGUGUGAAAUUAUUAUUUUAACAGCGAAUAUUGUGAUGUUUUUUAUUUUGAGAAUUUGUUAUUUUUGAUAUAUUUACAUAUAUUUUUUAUACGUUGUUUUUACACCUUUAUUGAAAUAAAUUCGUAAAAUCAA